AUGGCCGAGCCACAGAAAGUCAAGGCGGAUGACUACGGCGACAUAGUCAUGCGACAGUUUCAGAAGCUCCGUGCAGAAAAUGAACUCUGUGACUUCAAGGUUUUGGCACAAGGGCGAGUUUUUGAGGUCCACCGUGCCCUUCUUGCUGCCACCAGCGACUAUUUCCGGGUCAUGUUCAAAGGGGUCAUGGCCGAGAGUAAACAAGACACCAUAGAUCUCAAAGGAGUAUCAGCAGACGGGUUACAGCAGGUGGUAGAGUUUAUCUACAGUGGGGAGAUGACCCUCUCAGGCGAGAACCUCACAGAAGUGAUCAACACAGCCAGUCAUCUGCAGGUGGCCAGUGCUAUUGAUGUCUGUAGCUCCUACAUCAAGUCGCUGCUAACAUUUGAUAACUACGAGGAACUGAUCUCUAUAGCGGACACGUAUUCCUUAGAAGCAGUCGUCACAUAUUGGGAGAGCAUGAUUCAUGAGCGCUUUGUGGAGUUCAGCAACACACAGGCAUUUUUGAAAAUGGAUGGAGAGAAAUUUGCAUAUCAUCUGGCGCAGGAUAAAUUACGAGUUCCAUCGGAAUAUCAACUCUUCCUGAUUGUGGAAAAGUGGUUGAGACACCAGCCAAACCGUGUAACUGCAGACUCCACAAAAUGUCUCAGCAACUUGAGGUUUGGCCUGAUGUCUGAGCAAGAACUGACGGCCAUUCGGGACAAUGAUGUGGUCAAGAGAUGCCCUGUGGGUCAGCAGCUGGUGGCCAAAGGCUACCAUUAUCACAUGGAUAGUAAAAAAGGUCACCCGACAAUAGAUGAACAUUGUAAAGUUCGAGCUGAGAAAGCAUCAAUCAUCAUGGUUCACUUGGGGACAUCACACAUGCCUUUUCAGAUCACAGCAUUCAGCGCCAGCUCCAAAUCUUUCUAUUGCCUCUUCUGCGACGUCAACGGCAUCCGCGAAUGCAGGGUGGCGUCAGUGGAUAACUUUGCCUACAUUUGCCGUGUUGUGGAUUUUGGAGGUGGGACUCUGAUGAGUUCUCUGUUCAGGUUUGAUCCUAGACACAUGGUUGGUCAGGAGUUGCGGCCAAUGAGGAGGUUAAGACUGGAAUUUGCAUGUGUUUCACAUGCUAGAUGUUUGUAUGCCUUUGGAGGCACCACGGAACAGUUUGCAAUACUGGACUCUGUAGAGUGCUACAAUGUGCAGUCUAAUACUUGGGAUGAGCUGCAGCCAAUGCCGUCACCCACUCAUUCACUUGCAGCAGUGUCACAUGGUUCCAAGAUAUAUUUAUCUGGUGGGGUUUCAGGUCAGGACAGAGCAAUAGUGGCCAGCUUUUUAAGCUAUGACCCAGUCACACGACGAUAUGAAGCUAAACCUAGCAUGUUCUACCCACGGCGGCUACACGACAUGAUUGCACAUGAGUCAAAGAUUUUUGCCCUUGGUGGCAUCACUCGUCAGGGAAUUCCACUAUACGGUCAAAUCCCUAUAGAAUGCUUUGACAUGACCACAAACCAGUGGACUAUGCUGUCAUCAACCCUGGGCGGCCGUUCUGUUGGUCACUAUUUUGUCCUGGAUGAUGGACGGAUUCUUUCUUUGGGUCAUGAGCAUCACAGUGCAACAGAAGAAGAAAUGUGGCUAUAUCAGCCAAGCACCGACUCCUGGUCUCGAUUUGCUAAGGCUCCACAGAGGAUGAGCCUGAACUCCGCUCUCAGCACUCAGCUUUAUAUCAACUUCUUUCAGGAAAAGGUUGCUUCGAAAAUCAUGAAGGAAAAAUGA